AUGAAAUCUCUUGCAGUUUUCUUGCUCUUCCCUUUGGCUCUGGGGUGCCUCAACCCUACCAGCAACUCGUGCGCUAGCUACAUCAAGUCCAACUCGGCCACUGCCUCUCCUUUCUGCGCAACAUUCACAAAGAGCUCCGUCACUGCAACGACCUCCCUGCCAUCAUGGGCAACAAACUGCUCCAACAAACCCAGUAUGAUCUCUGCUGAGUGCUCUUGCCACUACAGCGGAUCAGCUACAGCCACGACGACCAAGACCACGACCACUGGAGGAGGUGGUGGUACAGUUCCAACUGGCGUCACUACAACCUUGCCUGCGUCUGCAGGAGCUACGUCGACCAGCAAGGCUAUCACGGUGAGUGGCUCGUUCGACGGUGGAAUGAAGAAGUAUGACCGCAGCCCCAGAGUCUGUGCAGAGCAAGACGAAACCGGAGAGGCCGACGCUAUGUUUGUUUUGGAGGAUGGUGCUACCCUCUCAAACGUGAUUAUCGGACCUGAUCAGGCCGAGGGUGUGCACUGUAAAGGAACAUGGCACUCCAGUGGCACUUCCUACGUCAAUGGUGGAGGUGCAUUCAAGGCUGCGGAUAAGAUCAUCCAGUUUAACGGAAGGGGCACAGUCCAGAUCCAGAACUUCUAUGCCAAUGAUUACGGUAAGGUGGUGCGAAGCUGCGGCAACUGCUCCAACAACGGCGGCCCUCGCAACAUCAUCAUGAACAACGUGGUUGCUGUUGACGGAGGCGUGCUUUGCGGCAUCAACACUAAUUACGGAGAUACUUGCGUCAUGACAAACUGCUGCCAGGACGAUGGCAAGUCUUGCGACCGGUACACUGGAAACUCCAAUGGCAGUGAGCCGAGCAAGAUCGGAUCUGGGCCGGAUGGCACGUACUGCAAAGUUUCUGGAGCCAGUACUAAUUGUUGA